UUAAAAUAAAUAUUAAUUUCAGUACGAAUGAGUAUAUACAAUCACUAAUCAAUAUAUAUUUCUUCCUAUUUAUUUUAAUAGCAUAAUCUUGUACGUGAUUAGGGCACUACACAUUUCGCCAUUGCAGCGUCGUGCAUAAUUCAUUUGUAUGACUUUUUUGUCUAAAAACAUCCACAUAGCUUUUAGCUUCGAAUGAUGCUGCCCAUCUCCGAGAAAAAUAUUUGAUAUUCUACUUAGUGUUGUAACUUACCUCUCAUCAAUUUUUCAUGUACUUAGGAUGGAAGUCGAUGUCGAGGAUGGAUCGGAAGGAGUAUCGUCCGUGCCAGUGCUGGAGGCUACACAUCCUUUAAUGUUACCUCGCUUUUCUCGGCUAGAUCAGGUGGCGACAGCAUCAAGGAGGGUAGCAUCCGCUAGUAGCCGCGGUGGUCAUUCUGGGAGAGGCCGAGGUAAUUUUGGACGUUGGAAAAGAGGGAAGGAAUUAGUCGAGAAGUAUCCUUCUGACCUUGACUUCCCUCCAAAUUUGACAGAGGAAGUAAGGCGAAUUCAAGCUAGGCGUGAUAGGAAUUUGGUGUCGUCGAAUGAACAGAGACAAAGUGUAAGUGAGGAGGAAGCGCUCUUUCAUGAGAUUGAUCGGGAAGACUUUAGGUGGGAGGCGAUGGAUGGCUGGCAAAAUGAAAAAGAGACCUUUCUCCGCGAUACCAUUGGUCCUUGUCGUGAAUUUGUUGAUCCUUAUGAUGCCUUCAGGUCUUUUUGGGAUGAUAGCAUCUUAAAUCACAUUGUGGACGAAACCAAUAGGUACGCGAAUGAAAUAAAACGAACGAGUGAGAGAUUUGCCAGGUUAUGGUAUGAUACGAAUGUGCAUGAGAUAUUGGUACUGUUCGCAUUUUGGAUGAUGCUUGGCAUCAUUAAAAUGCCUUCAAUAAAAUCUUGCUUUAGCAACAUACCUUUAUUGAAGACGGAUGCAUUUAGGCACCUUUUUAAAGAAGAAAGGUAUUGGCUUUUGAAUCGAGCCCUUCAUUUUGCCAGGGGUUCUUCGGAUCCUUCUGAUCCGGAGAAUGUUUUAUACCCGAUGGGGCCAAUUUUAGACCAUUUAAACGCAAAAUUUAAAGAGUUAUAUUCUCCUAGCCAAGAUAUCUGCAUAGAUGAAUCCCUUAUUCUUUGGAAAGGACCUCUGUCAAUUAAACAAUAUAUAAAAACGAAAUCCGCACGUUUUGGACUGAAAACUUUAAAUUUAUGUGAAUCCAGCACAGGUUAUCUCUGGAAUUUUUUUAUUUACCUUGGCAAAAGAACGACCAACUCUACUUUGCCCUCGAGUACCAGCACCGUACUGAGGCUUGUAGCACCACUUUUGAAUCUUGGCCAUGUCUUAUUCAUGGAUAACUGGUUCAACUCUCCAUCACUAGCAAGGUUUUUGAAAAGGCGAAAAACGGAUUGCGUUGGCACAUUACGUGCGUGCCGGAAAAACGUGCCUAUCGCCGUUCAAAAAGCUAAGCUAGUGGAAGGGGAAUACAUGGGACGCCAAUGUGGUGACCUCAUGGUAAUGGCUUACCAAGACCGUAAGCGGUUGACCUGUUUAUCCACGUAUCAUGACAUGGCUCAAAUUCAAACUGCUGCCAAGCCAGGCCGAAUAUCGGUCUAUAAGCCCAAGCUUAUAGACGAUUAUAAUCGAGGGAUGGGUGGCGUUGAUCGUUUAGACCAAAUGCUUGAGCCCUAUUUAGUAGAGCGAAAGCAGUGCAUCAAAUGGAACAGGAAAUUAUUUAAACGAUUUCUCAAUAUUUCUAUCCAGAAUAGCCGUAUUCUAGUUGAGAAAUCGACUGGGAAAGCGCACCAGGCUCUACAGUUUCGUCUAAAACUCGUAGAAGCCAUUGCUAACAAACAUUUACCCCACGUCCCAAAGGCUCGUUCAGAAGCUACUUCUGGACGACGUCGCACGUAUCCACUCGGUCGUCUGACGGAGCGGCAUUUUAUCCAGCGCAUUGGAAAUAAAGAGUAUGCCGACAAAAAUCGGACAUCACGUCGAAAAUGCGUGUGGUGUGCCGAUAGAAGGGGAACCAGUACGAAAACAACCUAUGAGUGUGCUGAAUGUGGCAUGGCGUUAUGUUUAGAUUUUUGUUUUAAAGAGUACCAUACUAAACCAUAAUUUUCAACAAAAUUUCAUCAAAAUCGUUGGUUGCGUUACCCGAAUCCCCUGCAUACAAAAUUUUAUCAAAAUCGUUUGUGGCAUUACUCGAAUCCUCUGCAUACAAAAUUUCAUGAAAAUCGUUUGUGCCAUUUCUCGAAUACUCUGCAUACAAAAUUUCAUGAAAAUCGGCUAUUGGCAAUAAGUUCCUGUUCCAUUGGAAAGUAUUUUUUAAAUAUUGUUUUUUGGCAUUGUAUGAUGAUGAAUGAAAGGAGAUGAAUAAAAGGAAAGGAUGAUCGUGCAGGAUAUGAACGGUGUACCUCGGUCUGUCCAUCCCUUUUAUGUCUUUUGUCAUUGUGCGUUUCUUCGUCAACCGUAAAUAUAUUAUUCUCAUAAUAUUGUAAGAAUCGAACAAACAUAAAAAUAGAACAAGAAACAUUUCUUUGGGUGAUGUAUACAGUCAUUGGUUUAUUUGCUACUACAGAGUUCUAAAAUUGAGCAUUCGGCAGGAAGUUCGUCGGUUACUAGCUAUUCCACCUUCUUGCAUGACAGAAGUAUACAUGACGUUCAUAUGUAUUGAUACCUUAACAUUUUUAUACGUUGUAAUAGGGUUUCAGAGUGACCGCCUGUAGGGCUCCUAAUAUGCAUGUUUUCAACCUAACCUAGUAAGCAAUAAUGUAAGUCAGCUUGAUAUAACUCCUGGCCAAGUUCCUAUCCUAUUCAUAUUUGUGACCUAUGCCUGCAUGAGUAUGUGUUGUAUAAAUAGAUUAUAAGCAAUAAUUAAUUAACAUCAAUGCAUACAAAGCCUUAAUUUUCCAAAAAUAAUCCAUGUGUUCAACCUAACCUAGUAAGCAAUAAUGUAAGUCAGCUUGAUAUAACUCCUGGCCAAGUCCCUAUUCCUAUUUGUGACCUAUGCCUGCAUGAGUACUAUAUGUGUUGUAUAAAUAGAUUAUAAGCAAUAAUUAAUUAACAUCAAUGCAUACAAAGCCUUAAUUUUCCAAAAAUAAUCCAUGUGUUCAACCUAACCUAGUAAGCAAUAAUGUAAGUCAGCUUGAUAUAACUCCUGGCCAAGUUCCUAUCCUAUUCAUAUUUGUGACCUAUGCCUGCAUGAGUAUGUGUUGUAUAAAUAGAUUAUAAGCAAUAAUUAAUUAACAUCAAUGCAUACAAAGCCUUAAUUUUCCAAAAAUAAUCCAUGUGUUCAACCUAACCUAGUAAGCAAUAAUGUAAGUCAGCUUGAUAUAACUCCUGGCCAAGUCCCUAUUCCUAUUUGUGACCUAUGCCUGCAUGAGUACUAUAUGUGUUGUAUAAAUAGAUUAUAAGCAAUAAUUAACAUCAAUGCAUACAAAGCCUUAAUUUUCCAAAAAAUAAUCCAUGUGUUCAACCUAACCUAGUAAGCAAUAAUGUAAGUCAGCUUGAUAUAACUCUUGCUAAAGGUUAUCGGCAAUGCAGUAGGUAAGUAUAAUAUCCUUACUGAUAUUAUAAAUGCGAAAGUAACACUGUCUGUUACGCUUUCACGUCUAAACUUCUUCCGCCCGCGGCUUCGCCCGCAUAGAGUUC